ACGAAGAAGUGAUUAACGGCUGUCGUCAGCACAUGAAAAAAGUUUGUGGAGACUGUUUGGACAAGAGAAAGGAUCACAACUAUGAGAUCGUAAUCGGAGAUUGUUUUGAAACGUUGAAGAAAAUGGCGGCAGAGAAUCGCAAGGUAGACUACGUUUUUGGCGAUCUAACGGAGAUUCCGAUCAGCAAAGAGCCACACGGAAACGAGUGGGACUUUAUCAGGCUAAUCUUGAAAUCGUCCAUAAAAAUAUUGAAGCCCACGGGAAAAUUCAUGACACACGGGAAUUCCGCCGCUCUACCGGAAGCGCUGAAGAUGUACGAGGAGGAGUUGACCAAACUGUCUGUUACUUUUACGAAGAAAAGCGUGUUCAUUCCGUCUUUUUACGAGGACUGGGUUUUCUAUCAGAUCUCCGUUUCUUCAUAAUGGCCUUCCACUGAAGGAUAUAGUUACUUUUACGCAAUAAAUUUUUGUUUUCGAUGAAAAAUAUAACAAAGUUGAAACUUGCAGUUUUGUUGCAAAUCCAGAGAUUUAUUUUUCGUUAUGAUUUUUAUGUAAAAAUUUUCUGUAUUCUAAUGUAAUUUACUAAUAAUAAUUAUCACUAUC